AUGGCGACCAUCAACCACGUCAAAACGUUCCUGUCACAGGCCAUAGAUGGAGCCGACGACGCUACCGUCCGCUGGGUCCUGAAGUCCAUAUGGGAUGAGUCGGAUGAAUGCAGCUUCCAAGCAGCGCAGUACCUCUUGGUCCACGACCCCGAAGGACAGGUAACAUAUGCCCUCAAACGCAAAGCCAGCGGCGGCCCGCCACCGCAGGAGUCUGCGCACAAGAGGGCGAAGGCCGAAGAUGACAGUCACGAAGCCGCGCAGCCGCCGGUGCCGGCGCUCAAGCCCAGAUAUGAGACGUGUGAGCAUUGCUCGGAGGUCUACGAUGUGAUGGAGAACUACGACGAGGCGUGUUGUCUGCACGAGGGCGAACUGGAAAUCGAUAUGGAUCACUUCGUAGACGACGAUGAGGUUAUCGAGUUGGACGGGGCCAUUGACACAAGCACCGACUGGCGCGUAGAAGCGUACCCGUAUGCCUUCACCUGGAGCUGUUGCGACGGAAAAGCGGACGGCGAGCCGUGUCUCGUUGGGAGGCACGAACCUACGCAAACCACUAUAGUCUGA